AUGAAUAAGGAAAAGAUUAUAAAUAAAAUUUCGAUAAAUAAGGUAUUGGAUGGUAUUUCUUCACCUAAAUCAAUAGUGGUUUAUGAUAAUAGUCAAUCAUUAAUCGAAAAUACAAAUUCAAUUCAGUUGGGUGAUGGCAAAGAAAUUCUAGAAAUUCCAAUAGGCAGAGAAACUCCAGGGUUGGAUUUAAAAGAUAAUAAAUACCUCAGCAAGAACCAAGUCGAAUUAAAUAUAAAUAAAGAUGACCAAUCAAUAAGUUUUAUUGUUAAAGGGGUAAAUCCAACAUAUUUAAUAAGUUCAAAGGAUUUUAGUGUUAAAAAAGAUAGUAAAGAAAUUAAGGAUAUUUUAGGUAAAGAGUUAGAAACCAACAUAUCAUAUAAAAUUAAUAAUGGUGAUAUUUUAUCAUUUUUAUUACCAAAUCAAACCACAUCAAUACAGUUUAAUAUCGAUGCAUUAGAAAAGGAAAUUAAAAAAGAAGAAAAGGAAAGGUCCUUAAAUAAUAAUAAUAAUAAUAGUGAUAAUAAUAGUAAUAAUGUAGAGAAAAAAGAAGAAAUUAAAAAGAUGGAGCAAAAUAAAAGAAAAUUAGAUAAUAGCGAAAAAAUGAAUGAUAAACCACUAAAACAACCAUCAGCAUCAUGGGCAGAUAAAUUAUUGGUUUAUUGUGAUUCGCCAAAAGAAAAUGGUGCAUUAUAUUAUGACGAUAAAAUUGUUAUUAUUUCAGAUAAAUAUCCAAAAUCAAAAUAUCACUUUUUAGUUUUACCACGUAAACAUAUUUUAAAGCAUAGAGAUCUCACUAAAGAAGAUGUAGGGUUAUUGGAAUACAUGUUUGUUACAGGCAAUAAAUAUUUAGAGGAUAGUGUAUCCCCAGCUGAAAAGAAAUCAAUUUCAAUAGGCUUCCAUGCAAUUCCAUCAAUGAGACAACUUCAUAUGCAUAUGAUUUCAAAUGAUUAUCAAACAGCAGCAUUAAAAAAAAAAGAGCAUUGGAAUUCUUUUACAACCGAAUUUUUUAUACCUUUUGAAUCAUUUUAUAAACAAGUUAAAGAAAAAGGUUCUUUUAAUAAAAUAAAUAUAAAGUUUAAAUAUUAA